AUGCGAUCCGUCUAUCUCUUUGCGCCCUUAUUGAGCAGCGCACUGCUUGCCACUGCCGAUCUAGCCCCGGGCCUCGGAGCGUCCGAGGUCGCGGCGCCUGGCGCUGAUGCAGUCGAGUACGAGGCUGCCGAGGACAAACUGCUGAGGACGCCUUCUACCAACGAUGGCAAACUGCACGAAGAUCGGGCGUAUCCCACUGAGGGUGUCGUGGGCGAGCUGGUAAGUCGAUUCAGGUCCACGAUUGAGGCCAUCGCCACGUACCUGUACAAGGCAAGCACGGCCGACGUUCGCAGCACCCUGUAUGACUACUUCACGAAGGACCCCAAUGUGCGCACGUGGGAACGCGUGGUCGAAAAGAUGGCUAAAGCGUACAUCGACGGCACAUUAUACACGCCUGCUAGCGGGGUGCGUCUGGGCGCAACGCAAUGGCUGCACGAAAGUCCAGGCUUUCGGAAUGUGCGACCCGCGCUCAAGAAAAUGCAUAAGCUUCACCUGCUGCGUCUGGGGCAAGAUCGUUUAGAAUGGAAGUAUGACAUGGAGUAUGCUGCGGAAUCUAUCUAUAAGAUGCAGCACAGUCACGAUCCGGACGAGAAGAAGGCCGGAUACUGGCUCAAAAGGGUGCUAUUCACCUCUUUGAUCCUGGAAAAAGUCAACCCUGAAGAUGUUGUAGCGGCACUUCUUCGUACGGGUAAGCUACGGCCCGACUCAGAGAUCCUGAAGGACAUGGUAGUCUCGUACAUCGAGGACAUCCAUCGCAUACGGGCGCUUCUUCCAAAGUAA